AAGGUUUGUAGAUCGUAGACAGAGCCUCAGCUUCUACCAGGAAGUCUGAACCUGACAUAACUGCGCAUGCUCACAAGGCUUUCUGGGGGGGCAAAAAAAAAAAGGAUGCGUCCGACGUCGAUGUGAACGUGUGGCCCAGAGGAAGGACAUGGCGGAGACAGAGGUGACCGUGUCCAUGGGAGACGUAGUGGUGAUGAAGGCCACUGACGAAGAGGAGGUUGCAGCAGGUGAUUCAAACAAGACACAAGUCAUUCUUCAGCUGCAGCCCGUCACAUCUGGGACUGAAGAUAAUGGAGGAGAGACAGUUACAGCAGAUGAAAUUUUGACAGCAGGAGAGGAUGUUGAGCUGGGAUACCCCAUUACAUGUGGCGAGAGCAAAGCUGUUCUUCUGUUCAAGAAAUUUGUUUGCCCAGGAAUUAAUGUCAAAUGUGUCAAGUAUGAGGACGAGUUAAUCAGCCCUAAGCAGUUUGUCCAUAUGUCUGGCAAAGCUACUCUUAAGGACUGGAAACGGGCCAUCAGAAUGGGGGGUGUCAUGCUCAGGAAAAUGAUGGACUCGGGUCAGUUAGAUUUCUAUCAGCAUAGCACGCUAUGUACCAACACCUGCCGCAGUACCAAAUUCGACCUCCUGAUCAACAACACACGCUUCCCUCCUGACAGCAGUGUACUCAAUACUCCUUCAUCCUCCCAGGGGCAGGUUGCUGUGGGUAAUGGCGCAGAAGUUGUUGUGAUAGAAGAGAAGCCAGAGGACGCGACAAGCUCUUUGGACUGGUGUAAUGCUAAUGUAGAGGCUUCAAAGAAAAAGGAAGGGGUAGAGAUAUCAGAGGAGACACUAAGCUUCUGGAAAGGCAUAGCGGACGUUGGCCUCAUGGGAGAAGUGGUCAGUAACAUCCGCACAGAGCUGCUGGAGAUGCUGAGAGGGGUACAGCUUCGCUCUGACCAGGCUAACCUACAAGAUGUUGAAGUAGCAGUUCUGAGUAACCUCACUCAAGUGUUUGGCCUGCUGGACUCCAUCAAACGAAUCCUGGCUGUUCGGCGGCAAAUGACUGACCUGGGACAGAAACAGGUCCUCAAAACGUUAACCAGUCUGGAACAGCAGCUGGAGGAGCAGAAGAAGCAGCAAGCUCAGAGCUGGUUGGUCUCGUCUUCGUCCUCCCCUCCUCCACCAAGGCGCGCUCCUAAACGGCCUCGCCUACAACGGCCAGCCUCUGCCACAGUGCUCCAGCCACUGACACUCCACUCACCCCAGUACACACUCAUCUCUCCCAUCACCCUCUCCUCUGUGUGCCAACCCAUUACCUUGCCCAGCCUGGCACAGCCACCUGGUGCGGUCACUCUCUUUACUCACAUGCCACAGCAUGACGGCAAGGCAGAGACCCUAACAUUGGUGGGCACAGUGGCUGCGCAAGAGCCAGCACAGCUGGGCACUGUGGAGCUUGGUGCGUUAGGAUCAGUGGGUACGGUGGAACUGGGAGCAGCAGGUGCAGUGGAAAUGGCAAACACGGUGUUGUUGCAGGAUCACGAGAGCCAAGCAAUUGAGAUCAACCUGCAGAUGGCAGCAGAGACAGGUGGAGCAGCCAAGGAAGAGGAAGAGAGGAGAAGGAUGGAGGGAGGAGGGGAAGAUGGAAGUGGAAUAGUGGUGGGAGAAAUAGAGAAAGAGAUGAAAGUUGAAAUGGAGGAGCUGCAUUUGGAAACCAACGGGCAGAUUCACAACCUACAGAUUUUAGUGGUAGAAGAUGAGGAGCAAAUGCAGGUUGAAGGCAAAUCUGAAUGAUCUAUGUAGAAAAGCGUAUGCGCGUGCGCACGCACACAUACACGCACAGAACCCUGAGACAUUUGCACUUGUAUUUUUUUGUACUACUUUCCUAAAAGAGGACAGCAUGUCCAAGUUUGAAAGUUGUGUAUCUGUUUUUUUUUGUAUGAGCAACUUCAGUAUUCCUUCAUCAACUUUAGAGAACGCACGUGCAUUUUGAUAUGCUUUUGUAGAAAUGAGUACAGUAUUUUUAUUUUAUUUUAUUGUAUGGAUCAUAGACGAUUCUGUUGAGCACUUUCUUUAGCAUGGUGCCAAAGUGUUAGGAAUUUCCAUCACCUAUGUUCUAUUCUGUUACUCAAGCCAAGAGAGACAACUGUAAUUAAGAAACAAGACUUUGCUCUGUGUACCUUGAUAUAACCUGGUCUAUCUUGGACUAGACCAAGAGCUGACAUUGAUGCAGACUUACAACUGCCACGCUUGUAAUUGUACAUCAUUUUCAUAUAAUAUAAUAUAAUAUUAUAUUAAUAUAAUAUACAACUAACCACCCAAAAUUUGAAUGGAGAGUUGUACCUGAAAUCUAGAAAAUAUAUGAAUAAUAAUAAUAUAAUUCUACUUUAAACUUAAAUGUGAAAAUAUUAAAGUUGAAUAUCUGCUAUUUUACUAAUGCUUUUAUUUAAGAAUAAUAUUACAGAAGAUGUGAGGCAUGUAGUACUUUAUUUUUGGUGAGAUGGAUUACUUUCAGCCCUGAAACAGUAAAACAUUUCAGACACCAGACAUGGCUUGGCUGAUCGAUUAUAUUUUCAGUAUGUGGAAAGUUGUGUAUGUUUGACACUCUUUUUAUAUUAUUAUUAUUAUUAUUAUUAUUAUUAUUUUUAAAAAACAAAAACAAAACUAUUCUUUUAAUUGACUGUGUGCAUUUGGCACUAUUUAAGAGUGUGUGUGAGAAUGUGAGCAUUCUAUAUAGAAAUGAAGAAAUGUGUUAAAAAAUAUUUUUAGACGUGAUGGCUUGAGUCCUUCACUGAAGACAGAAUGUCAAAUGUCUUGUAUAUUUUCCCUGAUGAUAAAUGACAGGCUGUAUGGUGUGAAAUGGGUUUAGGGGUUCUUCUCUGGAUCCCUGGUUUUGGAUGAAAGCCAAGAUAAUAAAUGGAUUACAUCGAUUAAAUCCGUAAUCUUAACCUUCUGUUGGCACAGAAAUAGGCAACUAAUGUUUCAAGGGGAAUGGGCUUCAAGAGUCUUCCUGUUUGCUCAGAUUUGGUCUCUUGAAUAAACAGUCCUUGUUUGUCAACCUUGCAUUAAUGUAUUAUCUCUUCAGAUCCAAAUGUUAUGCAAAUACUAAUGCCUGAAGAUUCAUCUAAAAG